AAACCUACGGAUGAGUUAUCUCUCUCUCUCUCCUUAAUUUGUCUCUUACCGGAGAAGAAGCCGGUUAAGCUAAACCGGAGGAAUUCGCACCCGGUUAAGAUCAAAUUAGGUUUCGAUGUCUGACGCAUAUUGUACGGAUUGCAAGAAGGAGACGGAGCUGGUGGUGGACCACUCCGCCGGGGACACCCUCUGCUCCGAGUGCGGGCUGGUUCUGGAGUCGCACUCCAUCGACGAGACUUCCGAGUGGCGAACCUUCGCGAACGAGUCCUCCAACGCCGAUCCGAACCGUGUCGGCGGGCCGACGAACCCUCUCCUCGCCGAUAGCGCGCUCACCACCGUCAUCGCGAAGACGAACGGCUCCUCGGGGGAUUUCUUGUCGAAUUCUCUGGGGAGGUGGCAGAAUCGUAACGGGAAUCCUGAGCGUGGGUUGAUGCAGGCGUUUAAAACGAUUGCUACCAUGUCUGACAGGUUGGGGCUUGUUGGAACUAUCAAGGAUCGGGCUAAUGAGAUAUUCAAGAGGCUGGAGGAUCAGAAGUCAACCAGGGGAAGAAACCAGGAUGCGCUUUUGGCAGCUUGCUUGUACAUUUCGUGUAGACAAGAGGACAAGCCGCGAACUAUUAAGGAAAUCUGCUCUGUUGCUAAUGGAGCGACAAAGAAGGAAAUGGGAAGAGCAAAAGACUUCAUAGUUAAGACAUUGGGGCUGGAGACCGGCCACUCUGUUGAAAUGGGCGCUAUUCACGCUGGUGAUUUCAUGAAAAGGUUCUGCUCUAACCUUGGAAUGUCUCAUCAAGCGGUUAGAGCUGCUGAGGAAGCUGUGAAGAAAUCUGAGGAAUUUGAUAUAAGGAGGAGUCCUAUAUCAAUAGCAGCAGUAGUUAUCUACAUCAUAACCCAGCUUUCUGAUGAUAAGAAGCCUCUCAAAGAUAUAGCGAUAGCGACAGGAGUAGCAGAAGGGACCAUAAGAAACUCAUACAAGGACUUGUAUCCUCAUCUUCAAAAGAUAGCACCAAGUUGGUAUGCAAAGGAAGAGGAUCUUAAGAACCUCUCAAGUCCUUGAAAUGAUUUUUUUUAUUCUUCUUCUUCUUCUUCUAUGCAAUAGAAACUCUUUAUAUCUUAUUAUAUAUCUGUCUACCGACGAGGAUACAAAGCAGUUGUUCUCUCGAGUAGAGAGGCUUUUGGUUUUUUUUUUUUUUUUACAAUUCUUUUUUUUUAAGUCCUUUUGUUAAAGAAAUAUUAAAAUUUCAUAGUAAGAAAAGAGGUCUUUCUAUUC